AUGGCGGGCGUGGAGACCGAGGUCAUGAUGGCCCUCGAGGUCAAGAACGGCGACGACGCCAUUCGCUUCUGCGAGGGCCGCAGCUUUGGAGCCCAGCGCAGCGUCGCCGGCGAGCUGGUCUUCCAGACGGGCAUGGUCGGAUACCCCGAGUCUAUCACCGACCCUUCAUACCGCGGCCAAAUUCUGGUCAUCACCUUCCCGCUCGUGGGCAACUACGGCGUCCCCUCGCGGGAAGAACGCGACGCUCUCCUGCAAGAUCUCCCCGCAUACUUCGAGGCCUCAGAAAUUCAUAUUGCAGGUCUGGUGGUGGCCUCAUACUGCGGCGAGGACUACUCACACUACCUCGCCAAGUCGUCACUCGGCCAAUGGCUGAAAGAGCAGAAUGUGCCCGCAAUCUGCGGCGUCGACACACGAGCAUUGACCAAGAAGAUAAGAGAGAAGGGAAGCAUGCUGGGACGUCUGCUGCUGCAGACUGGGACUCGACGCGUCCUCGAUGGACACGCGACUGCCAGCGGAGCCAUGACACCCAAUGGCACAACCCCCGCAGUCACACCCGGCGUGCCCAACUUGCACGACGUGAAUGGUGCCUUGGUCCCCAAUGGCGUCAACGGAGUCAAUGGCGGCAGUGGAUACUUCCGCAAGUCCAAAGAGGUGGCAGUGUACGACGAAAUCGACUUCUACGAUCCCAACACCAGAAAUCUGGUCGCCGACGGUAAGCUUGCCUUGCCACACUUGGCACAUAGCAUUCAGUCAGAGCCAGUAUCUGAUUUGUAUCAUAGUUUCCACAUCCAACCCCAAGAUUUAUUCUCCUUCACCGUCCAAUGCGUUACUUCAUCCGUCAGGUCGUCCCGUACGUGUUCUGUGCGUCGACGUCGGCCUCAAAUACAACCAAUUGCGAUGUCUCGUCUCAAGAGGAGUUGAGGUCGAGGUGGUGCCUUGGGACUACAACUUCCCAGAGCUCGCUGGCAAGGAGUUCGACGGUCUGUUUAUCUCCAACGGUCCCGGUGAUCCGGCUAUGAUGCAGAAGACCGUCGAGAAUAUUCAGAAGACGAUCGAGGAGGCAAGAGUACCGAUCUUUGGUAUCUGUCUGGGACACCAGCUGCUUGCCCGCGCGGCCGGUGCGGAGACGCUGAAGAUGAAGUUCGGUAACCGCGGACACAACAUCCCUUGCACCAACUUGCUUUCUGGCAAGUGCUACAUCACAUCACAAAACCACGGUUACGCCGUCGACGCAGAAUCGCUACCUCAGGGCUGGAGCGAGCUGUUCGUAAAUGCCAACGAUCACAGCAAUGAGGGUAUCCGACAUGUCAGCCGCCCCUACUUCAGUGUGCAGUUCCACCCAGAGAGCACCCCUGGUCCGAGGGACACCGAGUUCCUCUUCGAUGUCUUCAUCAACACCAUCAAGAGUGUCAUCAAGGACAGCAGCCUCAUGGAAAAGCCAGUUACGUUCCCUGGAGGAGAGGCUGCUGCCAACGCUGCACGGAACCCGCGCCUUGCGCCAAAGAAGGUGCUCGUGCUUGGCAGCGGUGGUCUGAGCAUCGGGCAAGCUGGAGAAUUCGACUACUCAGGCAGUCAGGCUAUCAAGGCGCUGAAGGAAGAGGGGAUUUACACCAUUCUCAUCAAUCCAAACAUCGCCACCAUUCAGACCUCCAAAGGCCUUGCAGACAAGGUCUAUUUCCUGCCAGUCAACGCGGACUUUGUGCGCAAGGUCAUCAAGCAGGAGCGACCAGACGCUAUCUACUGUACCUUCGGAGGUCAGACGGCGCUGCAAGUCGGUAUUCAGCUGAAAGACGAGUUCGAGGGUCUUGGUGUCAAGGUUCUUGGAACACCAAUCGACACCAUCAUCACUACUGAGGACCGUGAGCUCUUUGCGCGAAGCAUGGAUUCUAUCGGAGCACCUUGCGCCAAAUCGAAGGCAGCGAAUAACAUGAAAGAAGCCGUCGAGGCUGCUGAGAGCAUUGGCUACCCUGUUAUUUGCCGUGCUGCCUUCGCUCUUGGCGGCCUCGGCAGUGGAUUUGCAGAGAACCGUGAGCAACUCGUCAGCCUUUGCCAGCACUCCUUCGCCGCCAGCCCGCAGGUGCUUGUUGAGCGCUCCAUGAAGGGCUGGAAGGAAAUCGAAUACGAAGUUGUCCGCGAUGCAAAUGACAACUGUAUCACCGUGUGUAACAUGGAGAACUUCGAUCCUCUGGGUAUCCACACUGGUGACUCAAUAGUGGUCGCUCCGUCUCAGACUCUGUCUGAUGAGGACUACAACAUGCUUCGUACCACAGCUGUGCGUGUCAUUCGGCACUUGGGUGUUGUCGGCGAGUGCAACAUUCAGUACGCCCUCAACCCGGACAGCAGGGAAUACUGCAUCAUCGAAGUCAACGCCCGUCUAUCGAGAUCUUCCGCAUUGGCUUCCAAGGCGACUGGAUACCCUCUUGCAUUCGUUGCAGCCAAGCUUGGUCUCAACAUUCCAUUGAACGAGAUCCGAAACACCGUCACGAAGGUGACUUGCGCUUGCUUUGAGCCCUCUCUGGAUUACGUGGUCGUUAAGAUUCCUCGAUGGGACCUGAAGAAGUUCACACGAGUCGCCACUCAGCUCGGCUCGUCGAUGAAGAGUGUUGGCGAGGUCAUGGCUAUUGGUAGAACAUUCGAGGAAGCGGUUCAAAAGGCGAUUCGCUCUGUUGACCCAGGCAACCUCGGUUUCAACCAGACUCCCGCCCUCAUGUCCAUCGACAUCGACACUGAAUUGCAGACUCCUUCCGACCAGCGCAUGUUUGCCCUCGCCAACGCCAUGCACUCUGGCUACACCGUCGACAAGAUCUGGGAAAUGACCAAGAUCGACAAGUGGUUUCUGCGCAAGCUCAAGGGUCUCUCCGACUUCAGCAAGUUCAUGGGCGAGUACAGCGUCGACAGCGUUACCCCCAAGCUUUUCCGGAGAGCGAAGGAGAUGGGAUUCUCCGACAAGCAGCUUGCGCUGUACUGGGCUUCUAACGAGCAGCAUGUCCGACGUGUCCGCCUAGAAUACCAGAUCAUGCCUGUCGUCAAGCAGAUUGACACCGUUGCUGCAGAGUUCCCGGCCUUUACUAAUUACCUGUACACUACGUACAAUGGCACCGAGCACGACGUGUCUUUCGACGACAGAGGUGUCAUGGUCCUUGGCUCCGGUGUCUACCGCAUUGGAUCCUCUGUGGAGUUCGAUUGGUGCUCUGUGAGGGCCGUUCGGACCCUGAGAAAUGCCGGGUACAAGACUGUGAUGGUGAACGUAAGUCUUUCGGAAGUCAGUUGUGCCUCGUGCAUAUGCUAACUUGUGUGAAAAAGUACAACCCUGAGACCGUCUCUACGGAUUAUGAUGAAGCCGAUCGCUUGUACUUCGAGAACAUCAGCCUGGAGAUGAUCUUGGACAUUUAUCAGCUGGAGCACUCCAGCGGUGUCAUCAUUUCCGUUGGUGGCCAAACACCCAACAACAUCGCUCUUCCACUAUACCGAUCCAACGUCAAGAUCCUGGGAACCUCGCCUGAGAUGAUCGAUACCGCUGAAAAUCGCUUCAAAUUCUCUCGCAUGCUUGACAGAAUCGGUGUUGAUCAGCCGGAGUGGAAGGAGCUCACUAGCACAGAGGAAGCGAAGCGCUUUUGCAAGAAGGUUGACUACCCAGUGCUUGUGCGACCUUCCUACGUCUUGUCUGGUGCGGCGAUGAACACCGUCUACUCAGAGGCUGAUCUCGAUCGAUUCCUUAACGAAGCUGCUGCGGUUUCGAAGGAACAUCCUGUCGUCAUCACCAAAUACAUCGAAAACGCGAAGGAGAUCGAGAUGGAUGCUGUCGCUAAGAACGGCACUAUGAUUGGCCAUUUCAUCUCCGAACACGUCGAAAAUGCGGGUGUCCACUCUGGUGAUGCAACGCUCAUCUUGCCGCCUCAGGAUUUGGACCCGGAGACCAUCAGAAAGAUCGAAGACGCCACCCGGAAGAUUGGUGACGCCCUCAACGUAACUGGACCUUACAACAUCCAGUUCAUCGCGAAGGACAACGAGAUCAAGGUGAUCGAGUGCAAUGUUCGUGCCUCGCGUUCUUUCCCAUUCGUGUCAAAGGUCAUGGGUCUCGACAUGAUUGAAAUGGCUACUAAGGUCAUGACCGGCCUGCCAGUGCGCGAGUACCCACCUCUCACCAUCCAGCCAGACUAUGUCGCCGUCAAGGUGCCGCAGUUCUCCUUCUCCCGUCUGCAGGGAGCAGAUCCUGUCAUGGGCGUGGAGAUGGCAUCCACUGGAGAAGUCGCUUGCUUCGGUCGCACGAAGUAUGAGGCGUACAUGAAGGGUCUCGUGUCUACUGGCUUCAAGCUGCCCAAGAAGAGCAUUUUACUCUCCAUUGGUGGCUUCAAGGAGAAGAUGGAGAUGUUGGCUCCCGUCGAGAAGCUUCACAAGCUGGGCUUCAACCUAUACGGUACCGCUGGUACGUGCGACUUCUUCGUGGAGCAUAAUAUCCCCUGCCAGUUCUUGGAAGCACUCGGGGCCGACGACCAGCGCGAAGAGUUCUCACUCACCCACGCUCUGUCCAACAACCUGAUCGACCUCUACAUCAACUUGCCUUCGCGAAACAAGUACCGUCGGCCGGCCAAUUACAUGUCGAAGGGGUACCGUACUCGGCGUAUGGCUGUCGACUUCCAGACCCCGUUGGUGACCAACGUCAAGAUCGCCAAGAUUCUGAUUGAGGGUAUUGCGCGAAACUACGACUUCAGUAUCAGCAAGGUUGACUAUCAAACUUUUGCCGAAGUGCCAACCGCGCCGGCUCCUCUGCCACAGCCCAAGGUGGACGAGUCUCUGGAGGUGCUGUUGACACGUUCGCCGCUCAAGGGCAAAGAUAUCGUGUCGGUGAAGCAAUUCACCAAGGAAGACCUGCACUUGCUGUUCACCGUCGCUGCUGAGAUGCGUCUUGGAGUUGAGAGAGACGGGUCUUUGGACAUUCUCAAGGGCCGUAUCCUCUACUUGAUGUUCUACGAGCCUUCGACCAGAACUUCGGGAUCAUUCGAGGCCGCCAUGAAGAGACUGGGAGGCCAGACCGUCGUCAUCAACGAGGCUCACUCCAGCACCAAGAAGGGCGAGUCUCUUGAGGACACAGUGCGCACGCUUGAUCAGUACGGCGAUGGGAUUGUGCUGCGGCACCCAGACAACGACAGCGCCGAGGUUGCCGCCAAGGCUGCGGAUAAUCCUGUCAUCAACGCUGGCAAUGGCUCUCGGGAGCACCCGACUCAGGCCUUGCUGGACCUCUUCACCAUCCGUGAGGAGCUGGGAACUGUCAAUGGCUUGACGAUCACCUUCACUGGUGAUCUCAAGUACGGCCGGACCGUGCACUCGCUGUGCGAAGUCCUCCGUCACUACAACGUCACCAUCCAGCUCGCGGCUCAUCCUCAGCUUGCUCUGCCUUCGAAGGUGCGCCAGGCACUGCAGUCGCGCGGCCAGCUUGGCGCCGAAUCCGACCGUCUCACGCCCGAAAUCAUUGCCAACACGGACGUUCUCUACUGCACUCGUGUUCAGAAGGAACGCUUCGAGGACCAGGAUCUGUACGAGCGGGUCAAGGAUGAGCUGGUCGUCAGCGGCAAGACGCUCAAAGACGCCAAGAAGAACAUGAUUGUGAUGCAUCCACUGCCACGCAACAUGGAGCUGCACAAGGAGGUUGACGACGACCCGCGAGCUGCCUACUUCCGGCAGAUGAAGUACGGUAUGUUUGUGCGGAUGGCGCUGUUGGCCUUGGUCAUGGCGCCCUGA